AGGAGCAAGACCGUCUGUUAGGCGAUCAGCCUGACCAGCCCCAGAACCCCAAAGUUUUAAGAAUUGCCAUCAUUGGAGCACCGAAUGCUGGAAAGUCUACGUUGUCAAAUCAGCUCUUGGGCAGAAAGGUUUUUCCCGUCUCUAAGAAAGUGCACACAACCCGAUGCAAAGCCCAGGGCGUCGUCACAUACGAGGACACACAGCUGGUCAUUCUGGACACACCAGGCCUCACUAGUCCGUUUAAAGCUAAAAGACAUAAAUUAGAUGAAGCCAUGCUGACAGACCCAUGGGACAGCAUGAAACGUGCGGAUUUAGUUCUGGUUUUGGUGGAUGUGUCAGAUCACUGGACACGAAAUUGUCUGAGCAAGGAGGUGCUGAAGUGUCUUUCUCAGUUCCCCCAGAUCCCCAGUGUCCUGGUUCUGAACAAGGUGGAUCUGGUAAAGAAGAAGUUCAUCCUGCUGGAACUAGUGACUGAGCUAACAGAGGGAAUUGUGAACGGAAAGAAAGUGGAAGUGAAAUCUGCAUUUAAACGUAAUUCCAGUUCUUCAGCAAAGUCUCUUCAAAUCACUCAGGCUUCUCCACCUGAGAGUAGGGCCCCUGAGUCUCACUGUCUGCAGGAAACAGCUCAAGCCCCAGAAGGCUGUCGCUUGGACAACAGCAGUGAUACAAGGGCUUCUGAGUCCAGCCUUGUCACAGAAGUAGCACAAGGGCCAAAACACUAUGGACCCGGAGAUCUAAAAAAUAUGAAAGGCUGGCCGUACUUCCAGGAGAUCUUCAUGCUGGCAGCUCUCCAUGGGGAGGAGGUGGAUACACUCAAGCGGUACCUCCUGAUGCAAGCCAAGCCGGGCCCUUGGGAGUUUCACAGUGGCGUCUUGACCAGCCAGUCACCUCAAGAGAUCUGUGAUAAUAUCAUCAGGGAGAAGAUACUGGAGUACCUGCCGCUGGAAGUACCCUAUGGUGUGAUUCAGGUGACGGAGAUGUGGGAGGAAGGACCGAGUGGGGAGCUCCUCAUCGUGCAGAACCUCUUGGUCCCAAGGAAGUCUCAUAUGAUGAUGUUGAUUGGAAGAGGAGGUAAUGUUAUCAGCAGGAUUGCUCAGGAGGCUGGCCAGGACCUGAUGAACGCUUUCCUGUGUGAUGUCCGCUUGAAGCUCAAGGUGGAGAUGAAGAGUUGA